UGCAGUCUGAGCAGGAAACUGCAUCCUCAGACUUCGGCUCGGCCAACCGAGGAGCUAGGGUCGCACCGGGAGCCCUGGGAGUCUCUCCCAGAGACGCGCCUGCCCCACGCUGCCCACCAGGUUCCCCAGCCACAGCCUUACCUGUGGACUCCCGACCACCCCCCCACACCCCAUCCACACACCCACACACACGCACACCCCGACUUCCAGUGAAUGCUCAGGCCGACGGCGGGGACCUCGAGACAGCAGUGAGAAGAAGGACAUCUAGCCCCUCGCUCAGCUCCCCUCCAGUGGCAGCGUCUCCCCCAGGGGGGGGACGAGCAUGGUGAUUGUCCCUUGCAAGACCUUGGCUUUCAUCGUCUGAGAAGAUGCUAGCGAUGAAACUGUUCACUUGCUUCCUGCAACUGCUUGCUGGCUUGGCGCUGCCCACUGUGCGCUCCGAGCAGAGGGCCCUGUCUGCUGGGAACAGCUCCUCGGAAGUGGAAGUGGUGCCCUUCCAUGAAGUGUGGGGCCGUAGCUACUGCCGGCCAAUGGAGAAGCUGGUGGAUAUCAUAGCUGAGUACCCCAAUGAGGUGGAGUACAUAUUCAGCCCGUCCUGCGUCCCCCUGCUGCGUUGCACUGGCUGCUGUGGCGAUGAGAGCCUACGCUGCGUGCCAAUGCAGACAGCCAACAUCACCAUGCAGAUCCUGAAGAUCUCCACCACUGGGGACCACCUCCCUUAUGCAGAGAUGACCUUCUCUCAGCACGUGCUCUGCGAGUGCAGACCUAUUGUGGAGAAGACAACACCAGAAAGGAGGAGAAGCACGGGCAGGGGGAAGAGGAAGAAAGAGAAGCAGAAACCCACAGAGAAACCCCACCUCAGGAAAGAUGAACUCGUUCCCCGGAGGUAACCAGACCCUCGGAGAGAGACACCCCCACUACCCAGCUCAUAUAUUUAUUACCGUCACCCUCUCAGAGCCCUCCCUGCUGGUACCUGCCCUCUAUUUAUUAGCCAACUCGUCCCUGCUGAACGACUUGUUCCCUCCAAGGCAAGGCGCAGGGAGGGACAAGACCCUCAGGAACUCAGUGCCUUAUGCAGAACGUGAGAGAGAGAAGCCAGCCACGGACCCGUGGGAGCUUCGGUUUGGAAAGAAUCGACACAGGUGGCCUUGAAAGGGGCAAAGCCAGACCUCCAGAGCUCCUGGGUCUCCAGGGACCCGAGAAGAAAAGAGGGAGCCCAGCAUCUGACCGCGGACAGCAGCUCUUGCCCCGGGAGCUCCCAGGCCAGGCAGACAGGUGCCUUCUGCCAUGACAGCGGCGCUGGCUGCGUGGAAGGUGGCAGUCAAGGGGACCCAGCCCCGUCUGUCCUUCGGUUCGCAGAAGCUCUGCAGCCUGGAGACCAGGACGGCCAGCUCUGGAGAACUAAGCUUUGCCCGGGGGCUUCGCCCUCCUUAGCCUCGAAGCUUGCUCCCCUUGCAAGGUCCCACCGCCUCGGUGGCCUGGAGCUGAACAGGGAGCAGGCCGGAUGAGGAGCAGCCUGGCCGUCGGACUUGAGGUUCCCGGGUCCGUGACCGUGUGUUCUAGCCCCAUGGCUGUGGACAGCAAGCGGGCCCUUGUGCCCCAUCAGCCGCCCCUGCAGGGCCAUCUGACUGCUAAGCCAGAUUCUCUCGAAUAAAGCAUUCUAGUCUG